AUUAUUAUUUUCUGAGCCGACCAGAUCGUAGAUGUGUAAUCCAAGCCACCACCACACAGAGAAAGAAACGUCAGGAACAUCGGAGAAGAAGAAGAAGAAGCAUUUCAUCGAAAACCACAAAAUCAGAAACCACAAGAAACCAUGGACAAUUACUCUUUGAGAACGAGCUCUCUAUCAUUGGGCGAGAAGCUGUGCGCGGCGUUUAUACCGUUUGUAGCGAUCAUAGAGGUGUUGGUUUUGGCCGUCACCGAUUGCUUCACUUACCGGCCUCGCCCUGUCAAACGUGCUUACGCUUUCGGAGACAUGACUCAGCUCGCCCGGGAAACUCGAUUUAGUGUUAAUGAGCUGGAGGCGUUGUAUGAGCUGUUUAAGAAGUUGAGUAGCUCGAUCAUCGACGACGGGUUGAUUCACAAGGAAGAGCUUCAAUUAGCACUGUUCCAAACUCCCCAGGGCGAAAAUCUUUUCCUUGACCGGGUUUUUGAUCUGUUUGACGAGAAGAAAAAUGGUGUCAUUGAAUUCGAUGAGUUCAUUCACGCGCUCAAUGUGUUUCAUCCCUAUGCUCCUAUACAGGAGAAGAUUGAUUUUGCGUUUAGGCUGUAUGAUCUGAGACAUACUGGAUUCAUUGAGCGUGAAGAAGUUAAGCAAAUGGUGAUUGCUAUACUGAUGGAGUCUGACACGAUACUGUCAGAUGAUCUUGUGGAGUCUAUCAUUGAUAAGACAUUUGAUGACGCUGAUGCCGACAAGGAUGGGAGAAUCAAUAAACAAGAAUGGAAGGCUUUUGUGCUUCGACAUCCAGCCCUUCUGAAAAACAUGACUCUUCCUUAUUUGAAGGACAUCACCACAAUGUUUCCAAGUUUCAUUUUCAACACCGAAGUCGAAGACUGAACAUUUGUAGCCCUUUUCCCUCGGAGGAUCAUUGAAAGAGCAUUAAUUCCAAAGCUUCAGCGUCUUGUGCAGCUACUUUGGACCGGCAGAAUCAACCAGUUGUCCUUUUGAAAUGACUUAUUGGCAGAUACAAUGCAGCAUUUCUGGAAACAGGAAACACCUGAGUUUAGGGAAGGCUACGAUGCUGCUGCUGUAUCACAAGAUUGUUUCGGUUCCUCUCCAUCAAUUCAAAGCAUUUGUUGUACAGUGAAACAGUAGUUAUUUUUGUAGUGAAUUUGAUGUAGGUGCGAUAUUUUAGAUUUUGUAGUGCUUCUUGUUGAUAGAUGCAUUAAAUUAAUGAAGUCGGGGGUAUAUGGUCUUACGAGGCAACAACGACCAACAUAUAUAAGGUUGCUCAUUGUAUGGUAUUUGUUGG